AUGGCCGACUUUCGGCAGCUGGCCCUCGACUUUGUUCUCGAGGAAGAUGAGGCCAAACUAACGGAUUUGGCCCAGAGGGCGGCCAAGGAGCUCGAGACAGCUCCGGCCAAUUCCAACCCUGUUGCCCGGUGGGUAGAGGCUGUUCAGCCGUGGAUGCCUGGUAACGAGACUGAAGAUUCACAAGAAACUCCUGAUUGGACAUCAAGAGCGAAGGCUUUGGAGUUUCUGUCUCAUACGUUGGAUUUUGUGAAACCAGAUCUCCUGAAAUUGAGCCAAGUGAAACUCUUGAUUGCCUUCUUCGGCGCCAUGCUCGAUAUUGACCACAAAGCUGGUAUCCUAGCUUCGGCCACGGCCUUGUCUCGGAUUAUAGCAAUGAAGGCAUUUCAGUCGCAGAGUGGCUACGACAUCAUCGGUAAAGUGUGCGGUAUGAAGGAAGAUUUCCAAAGGCAGACUGCCAAGACUCGUCUUGCAGUUUAUGAGUUGCUGAGAACACUCAUUGUCACCCCUGAAAUCGCGAGCAAUUUACAGCAACGGGACGGCCCCUCCUCUACAUUCAUGACCAAUCUGCUGGAGCUGUGCCGGAAUGAGAGAGACCCAGACUGUUUGAUUGUGUGGUUUGACAUACUGAGGAUUUUUCUCCAGCAAUAUGAGCCUUCCCAGGAGGUCCUUGAGGCUGUCUUUGCUGCCUUCAAGGCAUACUACCCCAUCACCCUACCGCGCUUGUCACAAAGCGGCAUUACCCCAGAGGAUCUUAAAUCUCAGCUUCGGAAAUGUUUCUCGUCAACUUAUCGUCUCGCAUCUCUUUCGCUGCCAUUUUUGAUAGGCAAGCUUGACCAAGGAGACGGUGUCACGGUCAACGUCAAGUGUCUCGAAGAGUACACAAACCCAGAAGAAUCCAUUAUUCCAUACGUUAGUCGGACCUGGGGUAGUCUCAAGUAUGAAGUACGAAACGGAGAAAUCGAAGAUGCCAUCUGGGCUACUCUCGAAGUGUUGAAAACGCUCGCAACAAGGCUCAAGGGGGACGAUCUUCGAAACUACACGCUAGAUGUGACACGCGACUGCGUUAACGACCUUUCGAAUCCAAUGUACACUACUCCAGCUGGCCGUCUCAUCGUUAGUGUUCUCAGCGCAAAUCCAAGCGCAUUUGUUCUCAUGGUGGCGCCAACAAUCACGCACCUUAAGGAUAAUCUACGACACCGGAAAUCAGUGACCCAUAGCCAAGACCUGCUGAAAAUACUUAAUGUCAUCCUGGAAACUCGACUUCUCUUAUCGCAGACACAGAUGACAGAUGAGCAAAAGAGCGAUUUCGUGGCUAUUGACGGCAUCUUCAAGAAUCUUUACCACGAGGUGUAUAAAGGCCCCGUCGCACUUGGAAGCAAUGAAAACGCUAAUUUCGACGACAUGAAAAUUGCAGCAGAGGCUGUUCAGGGGGCGGGUGCGUUGGUCUCCCAAGGAACUGUGCCGCUUGGGUUGGAGAAAGAUAGUGGGCUGCUUCUGCCAGAAGCAACAAGUUCCGAAAUCUGCCAAGCACUUUUCGCCAUUGCACUAAAUGGCUUUGGUAACCAUUCUUCAAAUUCGAAUUCGGAUGAUCUUCUGAACGAGACGGCCAAGGCCCUACACAGAGCCAUCCAAGCCUACGCACCAGGUUUCCGACCUCUGGUAGACCAGUUUGUGUCAGUCGUUCAGAGCAGUCGUGAGAAUCAGAGUGAUGAAGCUGCUGAGAAAAUCCAAAAGAUUGGCUCUCUGUUGGCUUAUGUUGGAUGCUCCGAAUUACCCAAAUCUCUUAUCGCUGGGCGACAUAAUUUCCUGGCCCUGGUUCAUAUCAUGACUACUGAACUAAUUGCGGCGAUAGACGCAAAAGCUAGCCCAAAGAUUUGGUGUGCGUUGAUUAUCGGUAUUCAGACUACCUCUCGUUACUUCAAUGACGCUUGCUUGAAGCAUGAGCCAGAGGCAGACCAGGCUUUCGAUGGCUCUAUGUGGUUGUACCGGGUUACUUACAAGUAUCCAGAGCUAAGAAUCAUUGCAGGAGAAGAAGAUGACGGUUCGGCGCCAAGUUACAGUAGUGCAACACCGCCGAAGGAAGUAACUGCUACUGAGCUCCGCAAUGACUUUUUGCUCAUUGCUCUGGUGGUUGUUCGGAGUCUUUAUCGCCGCGCCACGGCUGUAGUUGGCCCUAUCCCGGGUACUAAGAGUCCGGCACUUCAGCUCAGCAGCGACUUUGAUGGCUCUGACAAGACAUCCGAGUAUCAGUAUCUCCAUCUUGUCUCCGACUUUGCCGGCUUCGUUGCUCGCGAGAUGGGUGAAGCACAGCAGGCUUCACUGAAACUCGAUCAUUACUUUUUGAAUCUAUUCCAAGAGGAACUAGUACCCGUGCCUCCCUCCAUAUCAGAGGAACAGAGAAAGACCAAGCUGGAGAAGUACACAGAUGAGCAAGGAUCAUCAUGGGGUUGGUUGACGGAAAAGACGGUCAAUACUCUUUCUUUCGGACUCUUGGAGGCCAUGAGACCGUCUGUUGUUGCAAAGCUCUUUGACUCUGGAGUUGCGCAAGAGCUUUUAAUCAGCGGUACUUUGAGUGCAUCUCUCACCCAGAACUCGGUCACAAGACCUAUUACCAGAUCUAUCCUGACUAUUCUGGCGAACAAGUACAAGGUUGAGAGCCUCGGUUAUCUGAUGGCCAGGCUGGAAAGUCGAUUAGAAGCUGCCUUGAAAAAUGCUCAAAAUUCUUCCGACAACGAUGACGCCUCACGCUAUCUGGAACAGGUAUCCUCCAUCUACGCAAUCGUCAGCGGUCUGAUACGUCGGCCAGGCGGCACACAAGCUCGAGCCCUGAUUCAGCGGUUGCGAGAUGCCCCCGGAAAUGAAACCACCGGUCAUCUGCUGGCUCGUAGAUUGGAGAUGGUUGUUGCACCGCAAAAGUUCUUGACAAAAGACAGCUUUGCCGUUGUGAAGCCGCUUUGGACGCAGAGGAUUUACUUCGAAUUGGUCAAGCCCAUGCUCGACAUUGCAACAAGCCAAGAUGCCGAAGCUGGAAGUCAGCUUGUCAAGACCAAUUAUAGGAUUGCCGUUUUAUCAAUGGUGAAGCACAUGCCAUUUUCCAUUUGGGAAGACGACUGCGUGGAGAUCCUUCGCGUAUCAAUGGCAUUGUCGCAAAGCUUGGGUCCUGGUCCUGAUACCCUGCCCGCGCUCGAGAUACUCAAAAACAUCUUGGCAGAAUCUCCAGAAAAAGCCCAAGAAUACGCCAAGAGCCUGAUCGACAUCUCGCUGCCUUGCUUCUCACUCAAGGCCGCAUCACAGUUGACGCGGCCAGACUGGCUACCCUCGGGCUACGUCCCCGCAAAAAUGCGCCCCGAGGUCGAGGCCGAGUGCGGAAAGCUGGCCCUGGAAGUUGUCGGUGCGCUGCCGCGGCUGUUCGAGUCGAGACACGUCGUACCGUUUGUUCCACAGGUGCGGAGAGAGCUUUCCCUGGCAUGCGGGCAUCCGGUGCGGGAUCUGCGGAGACUGGCGAGAAUGGCCCGGGCCGCGUGGACGGAAAUCAAAUAAGGUAGGAUGACGGUGGGACAAAGCACUGUAGAGUAUUUAUAGAUAUUUUGGAGAGAAUUUGGGGUGGAGAUAUUGGGCGUUAGACAAGGCCGAAAUGGAUAGACUUUACGCUUUGUUGUGAUGAC